AUGUCUCGGUUAUAUCCUGUAGCAUUCUGCAGUACAAUACUUGGUCUUAUAAUAUAUUAUAUUAACCCUGAAGAUAAUCCUAUAAUUACUCAGGAAAAUGACAAUGAAUUUGUUGAUAACACUAAUCUUAAUAAUGCUAGUCUUAAGAAUGAUCUAGAAAACAAUAUCAGUAUGGAAUUUAUCAACUAG